AGCCCAAAGCCUACCCAACGCUUUGUGGUAGAUUGGAGUGGAAAGUUUCCGGACGGUCUUGUCAGCGAAAUUUCCUACAUUGCGCCAUAUAUAAUUGGGCGUGAUUAAUGACCUACGCUUUGAUUUAAGCACUUGGUCGGCUAGCAUACCCCCCCCCCCCUCUACCAUGGCCUUAUAGACCUUAAACGACAAUCGGGGCGGCUCAUAUUUGGAAUCCAGGUCCCCGCGGUAACGUGAUCCCGUUCUCGGUUUUCCAGAAAGCAUCAACGUCACCCACAUGCGGGUAUCUAAACCUUGUAAUGUAGGCCCUCGAGCCUACAACUCUGUAUCAACGGACACUGCCAUCUGGCGAAACCUAUGAAUUAUCUGCAAAAACGACGACGGUAGCGCUGUGGUUAGCGUAGUUGGUUGCUAACCUUCCAGAUCCAGGUUCGAAUCCCGGACGAGCCCCCACUUGUAUCGUGGAAAUUAUUAGUAUCGUGGAGUUAUUUGGCAACUCUCGUCACAACGAAUUUAACACUCUCUCUCUCUCUCUCUCUCUCUCUCUCACACUAGCAACUCUAACAACUCUACAACACUGACAAUUCGAUCAAUUCUCCCAACUCUACUCUUCGACGUCUCGAUCAACUCUCUCAACUCUACUCUUCGAUGUCUCGAUCAACUCUGACUCUCGCAACACACACACUUUUCGACUUGCAUACUCUGACCUCUCGGUCAUCCCCCCUUAAAACACGAAACCGUCCUUCUGCUCUAACGUUGUUUAUUGUUUUUCUCACAUCAUUGUAAGAACUAGGUGACUUUAGUCACAUAGGCGCUCUUGAAUGUACACGAACUACAGAAAGACGACAUAUACAGUUUUUUCUAAUUUCAACCGACCUCUAAUUCAAAUUACUUUACGAUAUUACAAUAUACAACGGUAAAAUAUUUCAGAAAUUAUAUUUAUAUGCAAUAACACACAUAAGCGCAAAUAUAAUAUAACUGUCUAAAACAAUAAGUCACAGUUUAACUAUGUAUUCAUUGUGAAAUAUUGUAUUAUGUAAACUUCAUCAUAAAAGUAUAACAUUUCAGAAAUAUUAGAGAUACAUAUGCGGUGAUCUAAAACAGACAAUUAAAAUCAUUUUUACAUAUUAGUGGAUUUUUAUUAACAAAGAUGACAUUGUAUACAGUAACAUCAGAAAUAUUUACAGAAAAUAAAAAUUCUUAUAUAAAAUGUAAAAAUGACAAUGUAAUAUCCAGCUUUAUUUUUAAGUAUCCAUCCUAUAUGAUUAAACCAGAAUGUCUUAAUGACUUAACUCGUGAUAAUGAUGAUGAUAUAAAUAUAGAUAGGCAACAAGAAGGAAAAUUAUUAAUAGAACACCAUAUAUCUACAGAAUUACAAUAUGUUGGAUUGCAAGUAUGGCGAGGUGCAUUAUUACUAGCUGAUUAUAUUUUAUCCAAUCCUGAUUUAUUCAGGGAUAAGGUAGUUCUAGAGUUAGGUGCUGGAGUUGGCUUAACUAGUAUAGUAGCUAGUUUCCUAGCAAAAGAAGUAAUUUGUACAGACAUUGAUGUAAAAGGGAUAUUGAAAUUAAUACAUAGAAAUUUUAUGAGAAAUAAAGCUUAUAUUAAAUCUAAAGUUGACAUUAAAGGAUUAGAUUUCUUGAAUUUAAAAUGGCCUACAUUUUACAAAAAAAGAAUAGAUGAACCAGCUAUUAUUCUAGCUGCUGAUGUAAUUUAUGAUGAAACCGUAACAAAAGGAUUUGUCCAAACAUUAACAGAACUUUUAAAUUCAAAUGUACAGAAAGUUGUUUAUAUUACUUUGGAGAAAAGAUAUGUUUUUACUACAGCCAAUAUGGAAACUACUGCUCCAAUGUAUGAAGAAUUCUUAGAUCUUGUUAAAGUAAAGCAAUUUAAUUGGCAUGUUGAAUAUAUUAAAAUAGAUUUUCCACAAUAUUUCAAAUAUAAUAGAUUAGAACAGAUGGUUCUCAUAAAAAUAAAAAACAAGUUAAGUAAAUAAUAUAAUUGAACAUAUAACAUAUAGUAUAGUAACAAAUCCAUGAACAUGAGAGAAAUAUCAAACAGUAUUAAGUAAUAUAAUGUGUUCAUAGAUAUUAUAAUUGUACAUUAAAUUUAAAUAAAUUUAGAGAAAAUAUUUAUAUAUGGA